AUGGCAUCCUCCUCGCAAGCCUUCACAUCUUCACCCUUCUCCCCGACGACGAGACGAAAGCGCCGAAGCAAGUAUACGUACAAACAUCUCUCCACCUUCGCACACUCGGCCACGAACUGCCCACUCCGCGUGAUAGCACAUGUCGAUCUCGAUGCCUUCUACGCGCAGUGCGAAAUGGUCCGGCUGGACAUCUCGCCCGAUCAACCAUUAGCGGUACAACAAUGGCAAGGUCUGAUUGCCAUCAACUAUCCUGCCCGAGCAUACGGCCUCGACAGGCAUGUCACAAUCACCGAGGCCAAGGAGAAGUGUCCAGACAUCAUAUGCCAGCACGUCGCGACGUGGAAGGAAGGCGAUACAACUUGGUCGUACGCUGACGAUGCGUUCAAAGAAAUUGCUACGAGGAAGGUCAGUCUUGAUCCAUAUCGGAUUGAAAGUCGUAAGAUCUUGGCUCUGAUCAAGGGCUGUCUGCCGGCAGAUAAGCAAAAAGUGGAGAAGGCGAGUAUUGAUGAGGUCUUCUUGGAUUUGAGCGCACAGGUACAUGGGAUUUUGUUGGAGAGGUAUCCAGAGCUGCGAGGUCCCGCUCCUUAUGAUGACCCAUCAGAGCCACUUCCAAGACCACCUUCCACAGUGUUGGACUGGGCGGCUGAUGCGUUGGUGGAUCUGGACUAUGAGCAGUCGGAAGAAGACGAUCCGGACUGGGAUGAUGUGGUGAUGCUGAUUGCCUCUGAGAUUGUGCGAGACGUGAGGGCAAAGAUCUACAAAGAAUUGAAGUAUACAUGUUCGGCUGGCCUCAGCAGGAACAAGAUGCUAGCGAAACUCGGCUCUGGCCAUAAGAAACCGAAUGCGCAGACGGUGAUACGGAACAGAGCUGUGCAGCACUUCUUGUCUGGCUUCAAGUUCACCAAAAUCCGUAACCUAGGAGGCAAGCUUGGCGAUGAAGUUGUAGCAGCUUUCAAUACUGAUACAGUAUCCGAGCUACUGCCCAUGACAGUCGAGCAACUGAAAAAGCAGCUGGGCGACAGCACUGGAGCCUGGCUAUACGGCGUCAUUCGAGGCGAAGACGACAGCGAAGUGAAUCCUCGAACACAGAUCAAAUCGAUGCUUUCGGCCAAGUCUUUCCGGCCAUCGAUCAACAGCAUGGACGUUGCUUCGAAGUGGUUGCGAAUCUUCGUCGCUGACAUCUUCAGUCGUCUUGUUGAAGAAGGCGUUCUGGAGAACAAACGACGACCGAAGACGAUCAAUUUACACCACCGGCAGGGGGCACAGACUCGUAGUAAAUCAGCACCUAUACCCAUGGGAAAAGGCAUUACAGAGGAGAUUUUGUUCAAUCUUGCAAAGGGACUGCUUGCUGCUGUCAUUGUGGAUGGUCGUGCUUGGCCUUGUGCGAACUUGUCGCUUUCAGUCGGAGGGUUUGAAGAUGGCGUGACGAACAACAAAGGCAUUGGUGGGUUUCUGGUGCGAGGCGAGGAAGCUAAGGCACUGAAUGCGACAAGUAUUGGAAGGCUGAUCACGAAUGAUCGGGGUCCAGCUCGUAAGAAGCGAAAGGUCAAGGUCGGUGGUGUUCCGACUUUGUUUGCCAGACAGACGGACAGCAUGGGGAGCGAUUAUGAACACGAGAGCGCAGGAACACCAGGACCGGCCGACAGUGAAGAGCUUGCUGAUCCUCUUGAGGAACAUCACGACCACCAACGCCUAGACAACGAAUCAUCAGAACUCCCACCUUCAGCUCAAGGUGACAAUCCUCUCCCUCCAACAGCACCACCGACGACCAACAUUUCAGUAGAAGAAGCGGACUAUGUCGCAGAUGUCUAUCUCUGCGAUCGAUGUAAGAGGCGCAUACCAGAACUCGACAGAACAGAGCACGAGGACUUCCACUUCGCUCAGGAUCUACAGAACGAGCAGGCUACACCACCCAGACCGCCCCCGAAGCUGACAACGCAAGUCACUCAACAUUCUGCGAAGACGAAGCAGAAAGGCAGAGGACGGCCGCCGGCUAGUGUCGGUGGGCCGGAAAAGGGACAAAAGAAGUUGGCUUUUGGAUGA